AGUUCCGUUAUUCUAGCGAAAUUAGCCAAGAGCACCUGGCUGCAGACCUAUGGGGAGUGGAGCUCCACUCCAGAACGGAAAUACGUCACCUCCACUGUCUAUGACGCACCUCCACUCCGCCCCAACAGUGGUGGCUGCCUGGCCGCGCUUUUUAAAAUGUGUGCACAUCUUGGAGGAGCUACGUGAAAGAAGAUAUCUCUUGAGAGACUUGUACAACUUAUACAGAUGUAAGUUUGUAAUGUUUUGAUAAUAAAGGAGUUAAAGAUAUAGCACGACGUCUGUUUUUUCAUGUCAGUAAGUCAGCAGGUUAUAGUAGUCUUACUCGCUAGCUGCUAAUGUAGCUAGUAGCUCUAAUAGGUGACUUAGGCUUACUUUAUGCGUUUAUUUUCUUCCUAACCCUCAUUUCUCUCCCCAGAUACAGACCAGAAUAAACGUCAUUCUCUGAUAGUAUAUGUCUGUGAUUGGUGGGUAAAGUGGCAUUCUAUGCCAAUCUGAUACUAUUGGAUACUCUCUAAGAGAGUCUCUUGAUACCAACUGCUACAGUGUAUUUUCUCCCCAGAAACAAGCACAUUUUGUAGAUUAAGUGAUGGUAAUUGGUUUUUUUAAUGAUGUCGUCACCAAUGCAUGAUAACUUUAGGUAACUUGUACUGUCAAAUUGUCAGUCUGUGGUAAAUUGAUGAAGGUGAAGACCGUUUAUCUAGAGACAGCAGUGCGACCCUAUUCAAGGGGAAAGAUGUUUUCAUCAUGGACCUUCACACGCCCCCAACAUGGCUCCCACCCAUGGAUUGUGACCCUCUGCAUAGUCUUCCUGUGGAUUACGCGAAGAAGACACUGAUAUUUCCUCUGUGGACUCGAGGGCAUUAUCUGCUUUGUGUCAUGGAGCCACUGAAAACAUUAAUCUUGUUCAUGGACUCGAUGUAUGCCAAGAAAGAACAAGGCUUUGGGCACAAGCCUUAUCAACACAUUUUGAGGGCUCUUGCACAGAGGAUAGCACCAGGACCUUGGCAGGAACAGACAGGGCUGGACAUUGAGGGCCUCCCACAGCAACAUUUUGGUGUUGAUUGUGGAAUUUUCAUGAUCAUGUAUGCUUGGUACAUCGCCCUGGAGACACCAUUUGAUUUCUCCAUACAUGACAUGCCCUACCUGAGGAGGUGGUGGUGCACAAAUCUGGAGAUCGAGGGGCAUGGAAGAAGAUUCGCACAUUUCACAGAGGAGGGCAGAAAGAUGGCAGACGGUAGUGUGGCACCUGUUUUCCGUGUGCCACGAAAAAGGAAGCUGGACACUAUGGGCCACCAGCAGCAACAUCAGCAGCUCCUACAGCCCCAAACAGCAGCUCCAACAGUCCAGUGUGACAGCUGUGUCUCCAUUGAACAGAGAGAAGAGAGUUUCAGUGAAUUAGAGGACUUCAAUGAAGAAUGUGAGGACACAAGUUGUGAGGAAAGAGAAGAGCGUUUGCGUGAGAUACAGGAGCUCAGCAAAGACUACCAGAACACUAAAUGGCUCUUCGAAGAGGCAAAAAAGGCAGCAGACUGGUUGGAUGAAAACAGUGGGCUGAUAAAAAAUAAAUAUUGGCUGCCACGGGUGUUGGACAUGGAGGCGGAAGAGCAGGAGGAGGUGCUGGCCAGACAGUUUGUCCAGUUGGACGUUGAAAACAUGAAUUUGUUCACAUUUCAAUUUACCACCGUCCAAGAUCACGAAACAUUUUCUAUUCAUGUACGGGACGAACUUCACAUUCGGGCAAUGACAUCAUUUGUCCAAAGAUCGUUUCCAAAUGAAAAAUAAAAAACUCAAAUAACAUUGA